AUGGCCGGCAGCAGGGGGAAGACCACCGCGGUAGUCUUGGUGCUAUACGCAGCCGUCUGGGUAUACGUCUUCCGCCAGCCUCGCACCUUACCCGUCUUAGCAUUCCUGCUGAGUCCGGCUGUCCUCGUCGCCACUCUGGGUGUGUACGCAGCCUGCUCCAUCAUCCGGGGCGUAAUCACAUUCAACCGCUCCUAUACCGCUACGGCCGAGUUGAAAGAGGACCUUAAGACGGCCGUACUAGGUUUGGAUCGACUGGGUUUCAACUUCGAUAAAUUUGGCAUUCCCAGGGAAUAA